GAAAAGAAUAAAAAUAAAAAUAAAAGGUAAAAAAAAAGAAGCUCAUUUCUAUAGGGGGAGAGAGAGAGACAGUGAAACAGAGGAGUGUUAUCUAAAUCUAAAUCUAAAUCUCAAAAAAUCAAAAGACAAGAAAGAAAUGUCUGGAGGAAUGUGGAGGAGAUGGAGGAAGCUAGUGGUGAUGGAGCAUUUGAAUUGUUUGGGCCAUUGGAGGAGGAUUGCCGUGGGAAUUGGUGGAAUUCAACAUCGAUUCUCCAGUGGCGGAGGAGGUGACGGCGGCGGCGGCGGGGGAGGAGGUGACAGUUACGAUGAUAAUAACAAAAACGAUGUUGCUGCUGGUUCUAAUGGAAGGACAAAGAGCAGAGGUAAAGCUAGAAUGAAAAGCAGUGGCACUGCUACUUCGGCUCUUACUCGUAGGAUCAAGGCGGAAAUAAAUUGUCCGCGAUGUUCUAAUCACAAUUUCUUCAAUUUCAAUCUUCCCGAUGCUUCGUUAGAUUCUUCCGAUGGUAAUUCUAGUAACGGAAAAUCCACCGUUAAUUUCUGUCCUACUUGUAGGACCGCUUACCACUUUCGUCCCCAUCGGAUAUAUCCUCUUCAGGGAACUUUCUUGGAGAUUAAAUCCAAUUCGAAAGCUGUUCCUCCUCCUCCUCCACCUCCUCCUUAUCCUCGGAACGGUGUUAAGACGUCGUUUUGGGAUAAUCUUAGAUCCGAGAAUUCUCCGCCAACGCCACCUGCUGGGAAUGGCCUCGCUGUGCAAACUCCGCCUGGACCGCCCUUUCCUCCCGGAGUUAAUUUCGUGAGAGCUGAUGGGCCUAAGGAAGGUCAUGCUCAUGGUAAUGGCACAUGGUUGGGCGGGGCCAAUUUGGGAAAGGAUUUGCCUACACCGAGAGAGAUUUGUAAAGCCCUUGACAAGUUCGUUAUUGGGCAGCAGAAGGCAAAAAAGGUGCUGUCAGUUGCCGUUUAUAAUCACUAUAAAAGAAUAUACCAUUCCUCCUUGGAGAAAGGGUCAGGAGUAGAAGAAGGAAGCUUAGAAGCACUUGAGGACAACGAAAAUGUGGAGUUAGAGAAAAGCAAUGUGCUCUUGGUCGGACCAACUGGCUCUGGAAAGACUUUAUUGGCAAAAACUCUGGCUCGCUUCGUCAAUGUUCCUUUUGUCAUUGCAGAUGCAACAACUUUGACACAGGCUGGUUAUGUUGGUGAAGAUGUUGAAUCGAUAUUGUACAAACUACUCACGGUGGCUGAGUUCAAUGUAGAAGCUGCUCAACAAGGAAUUGUUUACAUUGAUGAAGUUGACAAGAUAACUAAGAAGGUUAUACAAGCUGAACGCUUAAACAUUAGCAGAGAUGUUUCAGGGGAGGGUGUACAACAAGCAUUGCUUAAAAUGUUAGAAGGAACUAUUGUAAAUGUUCCAGAGAAGGGAGCAAGGAAGCAUCCUCGGAGUGACAAUAUACAGAUAGAUACGAAAGACAUCCUUUUCAUUUGUAGUGGAGCAUUUAUUGAUCUUGACAAAACAAUUUCUGAGAGACAGCAAGAUUCUUCAAUUGGUUUUGGAGCACCUGUACGCGCUAAUAUGAGGACCUCGUGGGUAACCAAUGCUGCUGUGACAUCAUCUUUGCUUGAAUCAGUUGAGAGUUCCGAUCUUAUUGCAUAUGGCCUUAUACCAGAGUUUAUAGGACGCUUUCCAAUACUAGUUACUUUGUCAGCUUUAACUGAGGAGCAACUUGUGCAGGUGCUUACAGAACCAAAAAAUGCUCUUGGAAAGCAAUUCAAGAAGUUAUUUAGCAUGAACAAUGUGAAGCUACAUUUUACGCCAAAAGCAUUGAGAUUGAUUGCUAAGAAGGCAAUGGCUAAGAACACAGGUGCAAGGGGUUUGAGAGCUAUACUGGAAAGCAUUCUCACUGAACCUAUGUAUGAGAUUCCAGAUGUAAAGACGGGACACAAUAAAGUAGAUGCUGUUGUAGUUGACGAGGAAUCAGUGGGUUCAACAGAUAACCCUGGAUGUGGAGGGAAGAUUCUUCGUGGAGAUGGUGCUUUGAAGCAUUACUUUGCCAAAACCAUGUUGAAGGAUUCUAUUGAAAACCUUUCAUCGGUAGGACAGUCGCCAGAAGCUGAAUCGGAGGUUUCAACGAGAGCCGUGAGCUUGUAGCAUUUUUCCCACCAAAGCUGCUGCUGCUGUAAUGUGGUAAAAAAAAAUAAUUGUUAUUUGUACAAGUAACAUUCAUUCAUAGGUCCAUUUACCUUGUAUAACAACAUAAAAUUUUGCUGCCAUAGUUGAAUAGAGAAGAUACAAGAGAAAGGAAAAGGGAAAAAUCAAAAUGUAGCAUCUUAGAGAAACAAGCAGCAACUUAUGUAAAAUUUUUGGUCUAUUCAAGUUUUACGUUGUAAUAUAUUGUAACAUCUUCAUUCAUUGAAUAACAUGGAGAAACCGUGGUAUAUCAUUUGGUGUAAA